CGAUCGAUUCAUUCGUCCGCAAUAAUUUCCGGUACGUUUUGUCACUCGAAUACGAUGAAAAUGGUUUCAUAAGGAUCUCAAGGUGAUAAAUAGUUGACGUUAUUGAAGUCAUCUGAAUCAUAUUGUCAUGGAGGACAGGCAUUCAUCGCAGGUGUCUCAGAAUCCAUUUGUAGCUCUCUUUCCCUCUGUUGAAAAGGCUGAAGAGUACAGCACCACACACACACAGUCAAUAACUGUAUCGCUGAAAGAUGCGGGAAACAGUGAUUCUAAAACUGGGUCAGGGCAUGCUGAGGUGGAAACGUUAAAUGAUGAGAAAGACAGAAUGUGGAUGGUGAAUGACAUGCUUCAGCGAGUGUUUCUUAUCACUGUAGAUGAAGAUAGUGAUCGUGUGGGAAAAAGACAAUAUGGUGGUCUGCCAAAGAGGUGUGUUUAUUUACGGAAUACUGCUGGUGACAGAGAAUUACCCAUUCUGCAGUGGAUUAACAUUGAUGAAGCCAUCAUGGAAAGACUGAGCAUGUCUCACCCACGAUCCCAUGUUAUGAUUACUGGUGGUGCCCGUAUGACAUCGCUUACUGCCGAGAUUGAAGCAGGAGAAGUUGCAAUCAUAAAAUACUUGGCUUCCUGUUAUAGAAGAGCUUUUGAAGAGUGCAAGAAAUGGAAGGAAAAGGAUUCCACUCUUCUGGAAAUGGCAGAAAGAGCAAAGACACUAGCACUUUCAUAUGCGGGGACGUGUUUGUUAAGCCCAGAAAUGUUUCCUAAGGGAGAUACUCAUAAGCAGCUAUUUCAGCUGAUGUUAACCAUGCAAGGAGAUCAGGUUUUGGCAGAAUUCCUGGAUGGGCUUGUUCAGGAACAUCAACGGCAGGAUGAUCUAGUCAGUAUGUUCUCUCCAGUGCUUGUCAUGUUAGCUGAAAGAAGCAAAGAUCUUUCAUCACUUCUUCAGUCUGAAAUUCGCACCUACAUUGAUGUCCUUCUGUUCUUCGCAAAACACACAGGACUGGCAGAGAUCCUUGUUUCCUCAAGAUUCUGGCUUCCUCCUAAAUCACCAAUAAGUGCUAUUCAAGGCCAUGCCUUUGAGAAACAAACUCUGUUAGGAUUUCUGUUGGGAUUGACCAGUAUGUCUAGGGAUCCAAGCAAGCCUUCAGAAUUCUUCCAGAGACCAACCGAGCAGAGUCAUGCUGAGAUGCAAGCUACUAUGGCUAACUUGCGUACACACUUGGAUUCUUUAUCAGAAAAACUCCACAAGGUGAUUAUGGAAAUCAUAAAAAGAUCAAAUUUGACUAAACACCAAGUUCUUCACUGGUUUGGAGCAUGUCUACAUGGAAACAUCACAAGAAAGAAGAUGAUGGCUGAGUUUUUUGCCACAACUCAGGCACAAGAUGGAUUUUUUCUUAACCUCAGCACUUUGCUCCUUAAAAUAUGCCAGCCUUUCAUGGAUCCUUGCUCACCAAAGCUUCUGAAAAUCAACCCACAAUACUGUGCUGUGAAUGUUGGUGUUGAGGGGAUUGCACAAGAAGACACUGGCUUGCAUGUUGUUGGACUUGAUGGUGAAACAAGACUUGUGGUACCUCCUGAUGAAGAACCCAUAACAUUAAGGGGUACACCGGCAUUUGGAUUUGUGACAGAGUGUUUCUUCAUGACACACCAUUGCCUCAGUCUUGGUUUAUGGAAGGUCUGUGAAAAAUACAGAAAACUCAUGAAUGAAUUAGCACAAAUGCAGCAGGUGUAUCAAGAUGCUGCUGCACAUGGUUCUGAAGGAGUGUUGGUCGAGAGACUGAAAGUUCAGUUUGAAAAUAGCAUCAUCAAACAACUGUCACUAAAGACACAUCUUCUGAACCCUUCUUUAAUCGAACUUGGUCUGCGAUUCUACAUAGCAACUGCAUCAUGGCUAAACCAACUGGCAUUGGCUGGUGAUAGCUUUGAUGAAAUGACGUCUUUUAAAGAAGUGGAAAUUCCUCUCCCUACUGAGACUCCUACUGGACUCCUGUUUGUCCCUGAGUUCAUUGUGGAAAACAUGGCAGACUUUAUCAUUUUUCUCAGGCAUUUUAGUGAGGAAACUCUGGAGAGGGCUGGAUCAUCUCUUGACCAUCUUGUCACAUUUUUCAUUAUUUACAUGGGGAGUCCAGAACGAGUGCGAAACCCACAUCUCAGAGCAAAACUGGCAGAGACUCUAGAGGCAUUGGUACCAAUCCAGAAGUCCAAGAACUCCGCUGGUCUGUUAUCUGUCUCACCAGUCAAUAUGUUCAACAGGCAGAAAGCAUUCUUACAACACAAGGUUGCCCCAGCCUACCUUCCACGGGCUCUCUUACAGCUGUUUGUAGACAUUGAGUUCACAGGACAUUCAAUGCAGUUUGAGCAGAAGUUUGGUUACCGCCAUCACAUGUAUUCUGUGCUGCAGUUUAUGUGGAAAGAAGAAAAGUACAGAGAAUCUCUGACGAAAUUGGGAGAUGAGGCAGCUGAUGAAAGAAGGAAAAUGACAACAAAUGUUAUACCCUUGUUCCUUCGCUUCCUUAACUUGUUGAUUAAUGAUUCUAUAUUUCUGCUGGAUGAAGCUCUUCAGUAUAUGGCAACUUUAAAGAAAAUGCAGGCAGAGAAAGACAGUGGAGAGUGGGAGAGUUUAAGUGACCAGGCACAACAACAGAUGCAGCAGGAGCUUCAACACACAGGUGGAAUGGCUCGCAGUAACAACAUCCUGGCCAAUGAGACAGUCCAUGCACUGAGCUACAUGACAGCUCAGGUUAAGAGACCAUUUCUUAUUGGAUGCAUGCUAAGAAGGACUGCUGAUAUGCUGAAUUACUUUCUCUUGAGACUGGUGGGACCAAAGAUGGGUGAGCUGAAGGUGAAGAAUUUAUCAGAGUUUCAUUUCAAGCCACAGCAACUUGUCUCAGAUAUAAUUGACAUGUAUCUUAACCUUGGUGAAGAAGAAUCCUUCUGCAGAGCAGUGGCUACAGACAAACGGUCAUACUCCCCCAACUUAUUUAAACAGUCUGAGAGAGUUUUAAAGUUGAUUGGAAGACCAACAUCAGUGAUUUUUAGACUUAGUGAACUUGCCUCUCGCAUAGAUGAGUUGGCGCAGCAAGAGGAAGAGGAAGAAAUACCAGAACCACCCGAUGAGUUUGUUGAUCCCAUAACAAACAUGCUGAUGAGUGAUCCUGUUAUUCUAACUACAUCAAAUAAUGUGGUUGACAAAUCAACCAUUUGUCGUCACUUGCUAAGUGAUCAGAAAGAUCCGUUCAACCGCAGUCCUCUUACUCUUGAAAUGGUGCAGCCGCACACUGAGUUGAAGACAAAAAUACAGCAAUGGCUGGCAAGUGUUAAAGGUCAAAAGAGAAUGUGACCUUAGAGUAAAAAUUCUCCUUAACUGGUUAUUGUACAUUUUGUACAUGAUAGUGGGGAGAAUUUAGUCUUAUACAUAAUUUAUUAUUUAGUUAGAAAUUAAGAAGCCUUCUUGCUAAAGUGGAAAAUACAUUCCAUGGUCUUUGAAUGCCUGGUAAAUUGCUGCCACCUAACUGUUUUUGUCAUUGUCAUUAUUGUCAUCAUUUCCACCACCAAUAACAACAUUUCUGGAAAACAACAAAGAAAACUGGAAACAUUCACUUACCAUGGAUAGCAAUGGCUAACUGAGGCAGGAGGUUUUAAAGUAAAUAUAUUUAAAAGUAUUAUCUAAACAUGGCAGUAGUGAUGGGGUAAUGAAAAUGCUUUAACAAACAGGGAAAUAAUGGAAGAACCACAGUUCAGGCUGGGUAUCUUAAUUAAGUAAUAAACAAGCACACUUUUAGAAAUAUUAUAAUUAUGAUUUUAAUUACAGUUACUGUUACCCUGGAAACCACAAUGUUAAAACUUUAGUACCUGUUGGAAUAAUAAUAGUUACCGAUAAUUUCAUGAAAACAUUUUGAUUGAUAGGUAAAGUGUAUGAUAUCACAUUACUUUUUUAGCUUAUCUCUGUGACGGGUUUCUAACUUAAAUCAUUGCAGUUAUGUUUCACAUGUUCGUGGUUGUUAAUACUGUUGGAUCUCUUUAAUUUAACCGUCCCAUUUGCAAGAAUGAUUACUAUCUGUUUAAGUUUGUGACAGACAGUAGGAUGAAUGAGCAAAGGUGGACAUCUUCACAUAGACAGGGUCUAGUUUAUCAGCUCCAUGAGGAUAUUAUCGUUUCAUUUGCAUCUCCCAGAAAUCAAGUAACAUAACUUCAAACUGUAGAAGCAGAUCUUGAGGUAUACUUAUGCCCUUCCAUCAAUUUGUUAUAAGGUUAGACUGUUGUAUGUACCUCAUCAUAACAUUUGAAAGUCUUGAAAGUAGUAUUUAAAGGUGCAAGUUCAAAGUCAAUAAACAGAUGACAUGCUAGUAUGUCAUUCAGUCAAUCCUGAGCAAGUGUUUUAAGAAAAAAAUUCUUGGCAUAUGUGUAAGAGAUUUAAAAAUAACUAUAACAAUCUUAAAAACAGUUACAUUAUUACUAAUAUUGUUCACAAUAAAUUUUACUUACCUAAAAACAA